AUGGACCGGCCUUUCGAUUAUGAGGGCUACAAGCGCGACACCGCCCACGUUGUGCGUUGGGUGCUCACCACUUUCAACAAGAUUCUCCGCGCCAACCCACUUCAUGAAGGCAUUGAUGUCCCCGAGAUCGCUCCUGACGAGGAGGCUCCGACAUUCAACCGUACUGGCAAGGCGCAGUGCCGCGAGCUGCUCUCGAAGAAGCUCAGCAAAACCAACCCCCGGUAUGCUAACGGCAACAAGGGGCACAAGGACUUCAUCAACGUCCUUCAACAGAUGUUUGAGCAGCUCGGAGGCUCAGGUUGGCUGAUACGGGAUAAGGCUGGCGAGCCCGACUUGACCGAGCAAGAGGCUACCGUGCGACUGAUCAACUACUUCGAGAAGCUGCACGUCGAGCAUGGCGAGGAUGUGAAGGAGCCUUCCGCCGACGAGGAGGAGCCGUCGACGCGCCAUAGGGCGCAACCACAACGGAAGAAGAAGGGCAAGGCGGGCAAAAAGCGGCCGAAGACGAAGAAGGUUCCGCCACCCGAGCAGGAGGAGGAUCCCGUCGAGAUGCUGGAGAACCUGCCGCUCGAGCGCUUCGAGAUCCUUCCCGACGAGGACAGCGCGGUCACCGACCACCUCAUCGCCGUUCACGGCCUCAUCCAGGAGUGCGUGGAUGUGCUCCGCUACAUUCAGGAUGUCUGGCACGACGUUGCAUACGACGAGCUGAACAGCGCUGUUGCCGGCGCGCUCACGAACACCGCAAUCGCCGCAGUCACUAGGCGCGGCCAGAAGCUGCAGGAGGAGUUUGGUGGGACGGCAUCAUACGACGCGGUCAAUGAGAUUGUCGUUGGAGGCGACAUUGCCAAGAUCCAGGGCCAGUUCGGCAUGCCAUACACCUCUGGUGGAGAGCGGAAGUGGGCCGAGAUCGAUGUCACGGAGCAGUUCAUGGUCCCCGCCUACCGUGAUCUUGUUGAGUUCGUCACCGACUACCGUCUGAACCGGAACGGUAAGCCGACGAAGCGUAUGCAGAAGGAGCUCGCUCGCUGGGACCCGGACCUCGACCUCGUCAAGGCAAGUACGGAGGAGCGUCUGUCAUGGCGUCGGCUCUACACUCUCAACUGGCUCUACGAGCUCGUUCGCGUGUACACCUAUCCCGUUGCUCAAGGCAUAUCCGCAGGCAAAGAGUACAAGUGGGAGGACGUUGACUGGUCACCCUCCGGACCUUGGGCGAGUCACCGUCGAUUGUUCGGACUCGACAACUUUGCGUCAUUCCUCACAACUCUCGCGACACAGAAGCCGGGUGCUCCGAUCGCAGACAAGAUCCGACACCACCACGUCUUGCAGCUGCAAUUGCUUGUCGACUCGUUUGCGGUGACGCGCGGGUGGGCGAUUCAUGUCAUUCGCGGGCACGUCCUUGAGACACCGACUGCUGGGUUCGAGUGCCAGCGCGACAUCGACAUGUUCCUCGACCGCGACGAGCAGCGCGGUCAGCAGGGCUUCCUCCCCGCCAUGGAGCAGUCUAUGGAGGGCCUCAAGAUGGCAUUAGGGAGCCUGCGGUCGGAGGACAACGCGUUUCUGGAGGUCUUGGAGGCAGUGGACGAUCAGCUCACCGAAUGGCUCGGCGCUGCAGAUCCCCUCAUCGAUAUUCCAGGGCUGGCCCCGCCGCGCUUCCCCGAGUUCGACGGACUGUGGCGUUAUUCGCCUCUGUUGUGCGGGGUGGGACUCGAAGAGGCGCUCGAGAUGGUGGCUCUCCUCGGCCGCUUGCUCUGUGACGCCUUGUCAGAGCUCAUCCCACUCAUGCACGUGUACAACAUGCUCACCCAGAGGGGAUACCUGGAGCCGAUCGAUUUGUUCGAGAUUGUGCUCGAGAUGUACCCCGAUGCCUUCUUUGAGGGCGGCGAGGUGCCCGAGUCCGAUUUCAUGGCGGCACUGUUCAGGCGUCUCGGCGCCCAAUCGAUUCACGAUGUCCCUCGCAAGCUAGGCAGGCGAGACUACGGGCUCCCCGAAGAUCCCUUGGAGGGCAGGACGGUCUGGGAGCUACUGCAAUCUCACAAGUAUGAGUUCUUCACAACUGAACCGCUGCUUAUCGCUGCUCGCCGUGCCGGCUGGGAUCCUGCUAAGGUCUCGCCGGAGACGUUCGAUUUCCCAAGCUUGAUGGGAUGGGACGUGCUCCGCCGAACCCCGCGCGUGCGUGGUGCGACUGGGGAGCGCUUCGCCGACACGCCGUUUGUGAAAAGGGUGCGAGCGCGAAGCGCACGCGCAAGUGGGCUGAACGAAGCGGACCUUGUAGCCAGGGUGAGGCGCUACAACACGCCCUACCGCGCGCGCGACGCGGGUCACAUCGGCCUGCGCGCCAUCACCGACGGCAGUGCUGCCCCUCCCCCUCCACGCAGCGAGUCACCAACCGAAGUCCCGCCCAGCCAACUACCCGCCUGGUCGCUGCGGGAGUAUCUCGACCAACUGCGUGUCGACUUCAACAACGACGUGUGUGGCAAACCCUAUCCCCGCAGUGGGAUUAAUUACUUCAGCGUCGCCAGCCUCGUGCUCCAAGCCACAGAGAGGAUUGUGUCCGCGCUCACGCACAUGCACCACAACAUCUGCAUCGCUGCUACUCGCUCUGGCCGCUGUGAACCCGAUCCUAUAACGGUGCUCGCCCUCCUGCUCGAGGCGGACGAGGCGGCGCUGGAGGCGGUCGCGAUGCAGUUCGAGGACGUUGACUUUGGAUACUGGGAGUUCAACUAUUGGGACGUCGUCGAGGCGCCAGAGCGCAGGAGUCAGAAGAAGACGAAGAAGAAGUGGGAGGACGGGCUGCCUGCAGAGCCAGAGACAUGCGUGCUGAUGUGA